UGUAGAAUGUACAGGGCAGUAGUUUUUCCUCCUUUUAAGUUGCUUUGCCGGAGAAACAUGAACGGCCGCUAAUUGGCAGCUGCGGACGACAGGCCACCCUGCCCUAUUUUACCCGGCGGACUCAAGAGAAAAUCACACUGGGGUACUAUAUUAGCUCUGAGUCUCUGGAAUAAGGUGGGCAAGUGCCGAAGUCGCACAACCAAGACAAGACAGGAUGAGAGAGAGAGGCCCCGGCAGAGGAGAAAAAUAGAGAGUAAAGAGAGGAGGGGGAAGAAGAAAAAGAGAGGGACGCCAAAGAGAAUCUCUGGGAUAAAUAAAUAAAAAGACUUGUUUGGAGGAAAGGCAAGCUAGAUGAAAAGAUGAAACCGAUAAAAAAGCAGGGCCGACGCUCUCCUCCCUCUACCCGGGCCAAAGGGGGGAAGCGUCGCGGAGUGGGGGAUGCCCCAGAAGGAGGGGAGAAGAGAGACUCGGAUGAGAACAGAGACAGAAGCAGAUCCCCACAAAACCGAACACCCUCCUCUUCGUUUUGUUCACAUUCAGAGUUAUCCCAGACGGAUCCAAUCAGAGCGCAGGGCACUUCAGAGAGGGAGGGUCUUCAAAGAGAAGGGCUGUCAGAAACGACAGUAUCACUUGUGAUGGAUUCUGGGAAGUUUUUGACAUCCUCGGAUGAUAGAUCAGGGAGGUCAGUUGUGAGCGGCAACAGCCACAGUGACGGUGGUAGCAGUUGUAGUAACAGUAGUACACCAAGCGCCAACAACAGCCCAAACCCCGCCUCCAGCCGAAAAACUGCCACCUUCAAGGCCCGCGUUCCCAAGAAGAAGUACACCUCUGAACACUGCUUGUCUGCUACUGGUAACCAUAGCAGUCCUUCCUCCAGCACGCCCCCUCCUCUUCCUCUUAGUGGUGGGGUCAUCAACCACGGGUCAACAGGUUCAGGAAGUGACAUCUGUGUCUCGCACCCUGAUGGCAACAGUCAUAGCCAGAGCCUGAUGGAUGACUUCCACAGCAGAACCACUGGCAGGGAGGGGCCUCAGGGUGGCUCCCCAGGACCCCCUACCCUGACACUUGGAGGGGACAGGGAAAGGCCUGGAGGAGGUGAAGAAGUGAGGGAUGCAGAGCGAGUUUUGCCCAGCCCCUUGCCCCGCUGUUCCUCAACAGACACAGCCAGCGAGCACUCAGCUGACCUCGAGGUAGUCGGUGACUCACACACCCUCACACAGAUGUCAACACAUGCUCCACCCAGUCUCCCUGAUGCUCUGUCUGAUGCCCUUGCCAAAGGGCUGAAGAAUCAGCGUGUCCUUGCCCGCCAGCUCAGGAGAAGAAUAGACGAGGAGGAAGGAGGGGAAAGAAGGGAUGAAGGGGGGAUUUCAGACUUGGUGUUCCGGGCUGGAGUCGUCCGUAAGGUCAGCGGUGAAUAUGGAAGCCUAGAGGUGCAGCUGAAUGGUGAGAAGACGCUGUGCCGUUAUCCGUAUCGACAUGACAGCCCUCCAGGGGUGGUGGACAUUAUUCUAGAUGCCCCGCCGCCUGGUGUCCAUCCAAUAGCUAUUGGCAUCCGUGUAUGUGUGCCAUUUGGCAAUGAGGAGGGCAGCGAGGGCCAGUGGCAGUGGUACAGAGAAGGUGUUGUGACACAGGUGGACACUCAUCCUGCAGUCGCCAACCGCUACCGUGUCCUGCUGUCUGAGGAAAGAACUGACUCUGUGGACCAGGAAGAGGGUGGCAGAGGGACAGCUAGUGGUACCCAGGCAGUGUGGGUGUCCCGACAAACACUUCGGCUCCUGGUGCCACCUUGGGACCUGGAUCUGCCGCCUGGAGGAGGACGAGAUGGAGAAGAUGAGGUUAGAGACCAGGAAAGGGAGCGGGAGGACAGGGAGGAGAUAGAUGUGGAGCAGGAGGUGUGUCGUUUGAGCCGGGGGAUGACACCCAGCGUGGGGUCAGUGUUGGGGAGAGGAAUCCCCUACCCAGGCACAGUCCCUGUUUCCUCCACACCGGGCCACAACAUUACCUCCCCAGUGACCCCGGCAUCAGUCCUGAGCCUGGCUCCAGGCCGAGAGUGGGAAAUUGAGAAAGACUUAGAGAGGGAGAGGGACCUCCAGAGAAAACAGGAAAGAGAGAUGGAAAGAGAGCGAGAAAGAGAGAACAGUACAAUGCAGCAGCACCAACAGCAGCAGCAACACCACCCAUAUAUGCCACUCACCCCUGAAGAAGACAUGGAGGUGUCCCACUUUAACAUGCUCCCAAUAGGGGCAAUCAUACCUGGGGCCAAACCAAUGGCAAUUCCCCAACACCGCCACAUCGUCUCUAAGCCCCCGCCUGGCUACCUCAAUCCCCACUUGUCUGUGGUGCGGGGUAUCGGGAUCCCCCCUGCUCACCUGACCUUGAAUUCCCACCCCCCUCCUUCACCUGUCCUAUUAGGCCUUGACCCAGCGACCGCAGCAGCUGCAGCAGCUGGUGCUAUCAUUACCACCCCUCAGCUCCCUCCUCUCCCUCCCAUCUCAUCUUCCACCCCAUCCUCCAGAGUAGAGAAGGCCUCAGUAGGAGGUUCUUCCAGUGGAGGAGCAGGCGGUGGAUCCGCAUCAGGUUCAACCUCCUCCUCCUCACGUUCCCGCACCCCACUGACAGCUGCCCAGCAAAAGUACAAGAAGGGCGAUGUUGUGUGCACGCCAACUGGCAUCCGUAAGAAGUUCAAUGGGAAGCAGUGGAGGAGGCUGUGCUCCAGGGAGGGCUGCUCUAAAGAGUCACAGCGCCGAGGAUACUGCUCCAGACAUCUUUCAAUGAGGACUAAGGAGAUGGAGGCCACUGGAGGCAGCCGGGAACGGGGUGGAGCCAGCAGCACAGGGACCCUGACGCCGUCUGACCUCAGAAUGAGUGGUGGGAGAGCUAGCUCAGAGUUUGACUGGGAUGAGACGUCACGCGAAAGCAGCGAGGCCAGCAGUCGUGGAGGAGACUCCCGCCCCCGCCUGGUCCUUCCCUCUCUGCUCCCCCAGGACCUCUCUCGUUUCGACUUUGACGAGUGUGAGGCAGCAACCAUGCUAGUCUCCCUUGGGGGCUCCCGCUCAGGUACGCCCUCAUACUCCCCUAUCUCCAACCAGUCGCCCUUCUCCCCCACCCCAUCACCCUCACCGUCGCCGCUCUUUGGCUUCCGGCCUGCCAAUUUCAGCCCCAUUACUGCUCCUGCCUCGCUUACUCCACGCCGCCACCGUCAGCUUAGCGGCACUAAAAUGGGUACACCAGGUGUUGAGCGAGAGCGCCACCUGUCGGGGAUUGUGCCCACUUUUCAGACCAAUCUCACUUUCACAGUCCCCAUGAGCCCCAGCAAGAGGAAGCUGGACACCCAUCCGCCCCCUCCGCUGCCUGCAAUCCAGGACUAUCAGACCAAACCUGAGCAACAGCAGCUGGUGGGCAUAGGGGGAUUGGUGAUGGGAGACCCAACCCUGGGCCACAGCCCUGCCGCCUUCAGAGUCCUCUCCCCCCAGAGUCAGCCAACAACCCCUUCCUCACUUUCCUUCCCCCGGCCUCGUAGCGCCACCAGCAGGCCACCAUCCUCUGCUGCCUCCACGCCUCCACCUAUGCUUGUCUCUCCCACUCCUCCCUCGCCGCUUCCCCAGGAACCCUCCCCACGCCGCAUUGUGCCCCUCCGUGAUUCCCCAGUCAUUGUCCGCAACCCAGAUGUCCCCCUGGCCAAGUUCUCUGAUGGCCCGUUAGGGAGGAGAGAGAGGAGCAGGUCCAGAGAGCACAGCCAGCCCCAACACACAGGUCCCCCAGGCCUGCAGGUCCCCGUCCCCAUCAACGGGGCCACCACCAACGGGGCAGUUCUCCUGCGCAACCCCACAUCCACACUUGUCCUGGUUACCUCCAGCUCGUCUCUGACUCCAGCCACAGUGGGACACGCUGCUCUGUCUAGCCCCUCUAUGAUGCCCACUUCAUCGGGCACCAUCCUGUCCUCUUCUGGCUCUGGAGGCAGGGAGCGGGAGAGGAAACCUGAGGGACACCAGGAUGCUUCUGAAUGGGGGCUUCCCCAGCCGGUAGCAUGCCACCCCACGCCGACUGCCCUGCUGCCGCUCAUACUGCCAGCUGAGUCGCCUCACCCUGCUCCACGCAAGCAAAUCAUCAUGGGACGGCCAGGGACUGUUUGGACCAACGUGGAGCCUCGGUCGGUGCCAGUAUUCCCUUGGCAUUCGCUCGUCCCUUUCCUGGAGCCCAGCCAAUCAGGAGCGGCUGCUCAACCUGCUGAUGGCCAACAGCUUGUCAAUCAGAGCAAAGAGCCUCGUUGCGGUGUGGCCCUGGUGAGCGACGGGCGGACCGGCCCUCCAGACCUAGAGAGGGGAUCGACGUCAUGUCCUCCCCCGAGCAAUGACAAUCCUCCUACAGGGAGGGGCGGGGCUGACAGCGAGACAGAGAGCGAUACAGAUGACCCCUUCUCCCCGGGUGUGGCCAACGAUGCGGCGCCCUCCACUGGCCCCAUGAAGAGACGCACACAGUCCCUCAGCGCCCUGCCCAAGGAGCUAGACAGGAAGAGGGAGAAGGACCACAUCCGCCGACCCAUGAAUGCAUUCAUGAUCUUCAGUAAACGCCACCGGGCCCUGGUGCACCAGCGACAUCCCAACCAAGACAAUCGGACAGUCAGCAAGAUCCUGGGAGAGUGGUGGUAUGCCCUGGGGUCCAUCGAGAAGCAGCAGUACCACGAUCUGGCCUUCCAGGUGAAAGAGGCCCACUUCAGAGCCCACCCAGACUGGAAGUGGUGCAACAAGGACCGCAGGAAGUCUCUGUCAGAGGGCCGUGGGAUGUCAAAGGAGCCACGGGAGAGGAGCAUGUCAGAGAGCAUAGAUAACAAUCCGGAGACUCAGCUGCUGGAGGGGAAGGGAGGAGGCUCGGGCUGGCCAGGGGGAUCGGAUCGUCGAGGGGGGGUGUUUGUGGGGCAGAACCUCCGUCCCAGAGCCUUUUCCCAGAGUGCCGUGCACACCCUGGAGCAGAAGGAGAGAGAGAGAGACCUGGAGAAGCAGGACGGGGCGAGUUCAUUUCGCCACCGGCCCCUGCCUCAGUCCCUGUACCACGGCGCGGUUAGCGAGGACGUGACCAGCGACGAAGAGCGCAUGGUCAUCUGUGAGGAAGAGGGGGACGAUGAUGUCAUGGAUGAUUCCUGUCCUGAAGGCUCAAUUGAUCUCAAGUGUAAAGAGAGAGUGACGGACAGCGACGAGGACGAACCAGACGGACAGCAUGGCUUCCAGCCAGCGGCUCGCUCCUCUCUCCCUUCUUCCUCUCCCUCCAACCUUCUCUCAGACUCCACCUCAGCUAAAGGGAAUGGAGGAGAAGGAGUAGGUGGUGAAGAGGGGUCUGAGAGGAAGAGAAAGAGAGAUACAGACGGAGGAGAGGAGGGAAGCGAGGGAAGGUCCAAGAGAGAAGAAACAGCAUCAGGUGGAGGAGAAGGAUCGAUAUCCAACACCCAGGCUCCCCUCGCUUUGACCCAGGUCCUUGGCGCCGUCCGCAUUGCUCCCACCAUGGUGACCAAUGUGGUACGACCCAUUGCCAGCACGCCCAUCCCAAUCGCCAGCAAGCCAGUGGAAGGAGCCGUCACCAUCAGCUCCCUGCCUCAGGACAAGAAAGCCACUCUCCUGAUUGGAGGAGAUGGACCUCAGCAGCUGCCAAUCACCACAGGGGGUGGGUACCUGUCCUCCCCCUCUUCCCCCAGUCCGGUCAGUGUAACUCCUGUGGGGGGCAGCGGCCUGGUCACUAGUCUAGUUCUGGGAGGGUCCUUUCCCACUGUCCAACCAGUGCACACACAAUCCCCCCUAUCUGUCCUCCAGGCCCAGCUCCACCCCUCUGCCGCCACCUCCUCUCUCACACCUCCCACUGGCCCCAAGCCACUAGCGCAGGUCCAGUACAUCCUGCCUACCGAGAGUCCCUCCUCCCCUCAACUCACCCACCAGCAAAUCCUUUCUGUGCCCACCAAUGCCGCCCUGGCCAAUGGUGUGCACUCAGGGGCGGGAAUCAGAGUUGCAUCAGUCAGCCCCGGAUCCAGAGUCCAAACCCAGUCGCCCGUCUUGCAGAGCAAGAUGUUGGUUCCCAUGGCAACAGCGAGAACAGGGUCUACUCCUCCUCAUCCCUCCAUUUCCCUCGUCGCUCCGCCUCUUCCUAUGCAGAACGGCGGCGCGACAGGAAACAAGAUCAUCCAGAUCGCUCCCAUGCCUAUGGUCCAGACAAACGUUCACCCUAGCGGCGCAGCAGCAGUACAUCCUGGGAGCCCUUUUCCUGUUUCCGUGGCGACGGUGAUGGCUCCUGGUGCAGCGCCCCCACAGACGGUUCUUCUGACCUCUCCACCCACCAGGAUCACCUAUGUCCAGUCUGGCCAAGGAGUUACCAUGGCAAUGCCCCAACAGGCCACACCCGCUUCAGGCCCUGCAUAUCUCCCAUCCUCCCUGUCGAGCCUGGGCUUCACCGCCAUCGCUGCGGCCGGCCGAACCCUGGUUCAGCCGAUCGUUGGUCAACAUCCACCGUUAUCUCCAGCCCCGCCCCUGAGCUGUCAAUCACAGACCCCUCCAGGGCACGCCUCAGGAGCUGCUGGUCGUCAGGUACUAACUGCCUUCUACCCUGCACCAACCGUUGCUCUGCCCACUGGCGUGGUCUCUGCUACAACUGUACCGCCUGCAGUGGCCGCCCCGGCCCAGGACGUGAUGAGCCCUUCCUCCCCGUUGGCGACGGGGGUGCAGGGUUCAGCGGCGGCGACCCUUCAGCCUUACGUCGCAGAGGAGGUGGAGCUCAAGGUGGAGGUGAAGAGGGAGAACCUGCUGGAUGAUCCAACUGAGGAUGGAAAACAGGGGCUGUCGAGCUCGGCUGCCUGCUCCUCAUUUCCCAUUAAUGUCACAGCAGUUAAGAAAGAGGAAGACAUCGGUCUGUCCAUUAAAGAGGAAAACCUCCGAGAUGGACACAGCCGAGAGAAACGAAGCGACAUGUACAGAGAGCAAGAGAGAGGGAUGAAGGAGAACAGUGAAAAAAAGGGAGACCGCAGCAAAGAGGCUGGACCUCGCACCCCUCCUCCACCACCCCCAGGUUUGGACCCCCCUCCCCCUCCCCCUGCGGAAAGAGAUCCCCCCUCUUCCUCAAAGAAGACCAAGUUCAGACCCCCACCGCUCAAAAAGACACCUGACUCUCUCGAAAAGGUCUUGUCGGAGACGUACUUCGAGGAGCGUUUUGCUGAGCUUCCAGAGUUUAACCCAGAGGAGGUCCUUCCUUCGCCCACUCUGCAGAGUCUGGCCACCUCACCGAGAGCCAUCCUGGGAAGCUACCGCAGGAAGAGACGUAACUCCACCGAUCUGGAGCUGACCGCAGAAGACCCCAGCUCCCCGAAGAGGAAGACCCGACGUCUCUCCAGCUGCAGCUCGGAGCCCAACACACCCAAGAGCGCCGCCAAGUGUGAGGGAGAAAUCUUCACCUUCGACAGAGCAGGUACAGAAGGAGAGGAUCUUCUUGGAGAUUUAGACCGGGUACCCUACUCGUCUCUGCGUAGAACUCUGGAUCAGCGCCGGGCCCUGGUCAUGCAGCUGUUUCAGGAACAUGGAUUCUUUCCCUCAGCUCAGGCCACAGCUGCCUUCCAGGCACGCUACUCGGACACCUUCCCCACCAAGGUGUGUCUGCAGCUGAAGAUCCGCGAAGUUCGUCAGAAGAUCAUGCAGACGGCCACGCCUGGAACCCUCGAGCUUGGAGUGUUAGGAGGGUUAGCUGAAGUCAACCCUGCUCCGACCCACAGCUCCUCUUACAAUCAAUCAGCCCGGGAGGACGGAGGGGCAGAGCAGCAAGGAGACAAAGGCCGUGGCCCCGAGGAGCCGAAAAGCGAAGGAUCAUAAGCUGACGAGGAUAACAAAGUGGAAAAAUCAAGGAAAAGAAGAAAGAGAGAGAGGAGUGUGUCAUCCCCGCAGAAUGUUCUUGUAUGUGUUGAACCAGUACUGUGAAUGGCUCCAGCGGGAUCCGUUUCUUCUGGCACUAAUCUCCACCAGACCUGGGCACAAAUACAUUUUAAUGUGGUCACAAAUAUUCAAACUACUCAAGGUGCGCUUCUUUCGUCUAAUCAGACUUUCAUUUUUAAAAAAGCCUCAAAAGUAGACGAAUCACUUGCAAAUCCUAACGAGUCAAGCGCUUCUUGUAGUAUUGUUUUCGCUUUUUUCCCCAAGUAUCCAGAAUAUUUUCAGUUAACACUUUGCCCGGGUCUGCUCUCAGCACAUUUGUACAGUAGUUUGUAGUUUGACACACAAACUCUCUGGCACACACACAAACUGGUGCAUAUGUAAUCUUCAGCAUGCACAUGAUCCCACAUAAACACACAUGCACACACACCCUUACCAAAUCAGACUGUUACUCUUGGUUGGCAGUCCCCAGGAGCAGCCACCAAGGACCAUGACACACAAAGGCACUUUGUCACUUAUUGUGCAGAUGCAGUUUGCUGUUGCCAGCCAGCCAGCCCUCAGAUGCCAUUGACUUGACCUCCUUCUCGCCCUUCCACUCCUCAGCACAGUGGUCGGGACGCAAACACAACCCCAACGACCUCCACUGAUAUUCCACAGCCCCUCGAUGCUGCAAGACAGACAGCACACACACACACACACAUAUACAGUACACACACACACAAACACACGCAGUGCAUGGACACAUCUGUGCAGUGUGAGCACUCGUACACAAACAUAGUCAACCCUGGUCUGACCAAGCCAUUGGCCUGCACAGUUUUUAGUGAUUGUAGUGAGAAGAGAAACUGAAAGCAUGAAAUCUAUUCGCUCCUGAAAAAACAAAAAGAAGGCAGGAGUUGGGAUGUAGUGUGACCAAUCUUUGCACCUUCAGUUAUUGCCAUUAUGAAAGACAGAGUCCUCAUUGGCGGGAGCUGAUUAUAUAUAUAUACAUAUAUAUAUAUGUCUGUAUGUCUGUUGGGGUCCCCUCCCCACAGCCUGUGUGAACAGGCACCGUAAAGAGAUUAUGUAAAGAGACUAUUGGUUGUGAGGCUUUGAAGAAUCAACGUUAAGUUCGACGCUGACCGGCUCCCGACAGAGCGCAGAGACAAGGCAGAAGAAGAACCUGGACGAUGCUCAUUAGAUGGAAGAUUCAUAUUCCAACUAUAGGAAGACAGAUAAUAAUAGUGAAUAAGGACUACAACAUGACAAGCUUACCAACAGAGAGAAAAAGUAGAAUUUUAACCAAACUUCUCUGAAUCUCCCAGUGGAUAUAAUGUUGCUUUCUCUCGUUAUCGUUGCCGUGGAAAUAACCAGUUUUACCGUGGCCUGUUUUUCUCUUGUGGCUCUAUUGUGUUUCUUCUCCAGCAUAAAAAAAAUCACAAAAAAAAAAAAACUCUGGACAAAGAAGGGGACAAAUCAGUCUGUGACCCCCACUUUUAAUUGUACCUGGGGCGAUUCUCUCCCCCCUUCUCCCCCAUUCCCUCCUCUUCGAUUUCUCAGCAGACACAGAAGUGGGGGAGCAGGGGCGUUUGUCGUUUUGUAAAAACGUUGAAAUCAGGUGUUUGCACAAUUUGUGUGGCCCUUCUCGCCGCAAGUAAAAUCAGGAAAGUAUUGUUUUUAGAGAUUGUUUUAGUAGAAAAAAUAAUAACCUUGUUCCGUAUGUUAUCAACCACCUUAUUCCUCCCCUUGUCCUCCCUGCUUUUCCCCUUAUUUCAACUCAUUUCUCCUCUCCUCCCUUCUUUACCUCCCUCGACCCCUCAAGUGUUGUUAGAAAGUGCCCUUAAGCACUGGUCCCGGGUCAAGCGCUAUGUAGCUCAGGAUGGUUCUGGUUAGGGUUAGUUCAGGGAAAGCAGAUCCUAGACCAGCCCUGGAGGGCAGUCUCUGGAGCCCUCCCCUCUUCCCUCUCUUCUCGACACUUUAUCCUUUCCCGUCAAAUGGUGCAAUAGGACAUUUAUUUUUUUGGAAAUGGGUGGGUUAUUUUGUUUUCGGGGGAUGGCUCUGUGCCACAGAUAUUAAAUCCAGUGCAGUCAGUCAGUGAGAGGAAUGAGCUGUUGUGAUACUGUCUUUAACUAUGGUAUAAAACAAAACAAAAAAGAAUCACACAAUUAUUGUUAUUGUCGAAGAGAUAGAGAGUAUAACUUACUAAAAGUCAAAGACAAUUUUUGAAUAGCACUUUUUGGCUCUUUGCUUCUUUGGUGAAGAGUGGGGUUAGUUAUUGUUAUGGGUAUCUCUCUUUUUUCUCUGUAUACAGUUGGAUGUGUGAAAAAAUAUAUAUACUGGUAUUUCCAUAUAUGUGCAUUUAGGUCUGUGUUUGGGUGUGUGUGUGUAUGUUUUGGCACAUGUGGGUAGUGUGUUAACACAACCAACCUCUUGUUCUUUCUCCACACGGCAACAUCAUUAAUAGUAUAUUUUUCAUUGUAUUCUACAUUCUAUAUUCUACUCUAGAGACAGUAUUUUUAUAGUCACCAUGACUAUUUUGUCUGCCAUCUUGACUGUUAUCAAACCCAGUUGAUUCAGGAUAUAUAUAAAAUAUAUAUUCAGGAUAUAAAAUAUAUAAAUAUAUAUGAAUACACACAGGUAAUAGAGGACUAUCAAUUCACAUCUCUUUGGGGGUUAGGGCUGUAAAGUGUCCAUCUGUAUGCAUGUGCAAUCCCAUGCACGCAUGCACACACCCACACAGACAUUUGUGCAUACACACACAUGUAUGUGUGUACACUGUAUGAUUGUGCUUAAAAAUAAACUGUCCUUACUUUGGAGAAGGAAUUUUAGGAUGAGCGAGGUGAGUGUUAUCUCAUAAGCAGGCAUGUUGACCAUGUGCAAUAUUUCUAAACAACAACAAAAAAACCUAAAUAUUGAAAAUAUUAAAGAUCUAACACAAU